AUGGAUAAUCUUGUUGUGACCAUUAAGAAAUUACGUAUUCAGAUCCAGAAAAAUGAAGAUUACAUUACUUACCUGGAGAAAGAAAUCACUACAAGGGAUAAUGAGAUCGAUAUUCUCCGGACGCAAGUAAAUGAUCUCAAAAUAAGACUCCGGAAAGCAGAGGCAGAUGCUCAGUCCAAUGACAAAAAUAUAUCUGUCCUCGAGCUCCAAUUGGAAGAAAUGGGUGAAGAUAUUUCGUUGCUUCAACAUAGACUUCAAAAAAUAAAAGAAGGGAUGUCAUUAACCACCCCAGGUACAUCGGCUAGUGUUUUUACAUUAUUAAAUGAAACAAGAAAUAAUAUUAGGAUUUUAUUUGAUUCUGUCAGAGGUGAAAAUGAUCUGUUAAAUGGCGAAAUUGAUAAUUUGCAGACCCAGACCGAAUUGAAACUCACUCAAAUUCAAAACAAGUGCCACAUAUAUGAGCGUGAAAAUAAUCAGCUCCAAGAAGGGUUGGCUCAAGAAUAUGAGGAUGAAGUGGGGCGUCUUCAAACAACUAUAAAUGAGCAGAGGGAUCGAAUAGAUGAAUUGGGCAACGAAGCUCGAAAUUGGUAUCAAAGGGCCAAUCAGUUGCAAGGUCGCUAUGAUACAGUUCUUAAUGAAAGAGAUCGAUACAGAACGGAGUGCUUCCAACAAGAAGAAACUCUUAGGGGGAUCCACGAAAAUAUGGCCCAUGAAGGUGCAGAUCAAUUGGAUUUGGAAGAUGAGAACGCCAAUUUAAAAGAAGACUUGCGCAUAGCUGGUUUAAUAAUUAUUGCUCUACGAGUUAGACGCCUAAUUCUUAUAAAUAGGGGGUAUGCAUUAUGGCAAGAGGCUAAUAAUAGAGCACGGCGUUACAGACGCAGGUACACUCUUACCAAUUCGCAUAACCUUUAUGGGCGUCUGACUAUUCGGGCUCAAAAUAGGCGCAAUGUAGAACUGCUGAGAGAGAAAUUUGCUUUCCAGCUAUUGAUUCAGCGAUACAAUAGACGAUUAAUAACUUGUCAUAACCAUGUUUCAGCUUUAAUUACCCCCGAAGAAGUAGAUAGAAAAAUUCAAACAGCGGUUGCUUUAUUAGAGAAUCAAAAGAGUGAAUCCAACAAAAUACGUUCCGAUCCAAAUUUAUACUUGAAUAGUAUGGAUUCUGAUCCUUCCUUUUUUCAGAAUCUUAUGAAUAUAAUGAAGGAUAUUUCUAAUCACCUCUCUAACCACGAAAUAACCGCUUCUGGCAAGGGAAAAAAGAAUAACUCUUCAAGUAGUGAUGACAUGGAUGCAAUUACAAAAGGUAUGGCAGAAUUAUCAUUAAAUGUGGCUAAAAUCAAAAAAUCUCUACGUAGAUGUUCAUAUUGUCAUAAGACGGGUCACACUUCCCGCACUUGCCCUAAAAGAAAAAAGAGCAAAAGAAAAGCUCGCGUACACCAUAUUAGUAAAAAUGAUAACUCAGAAUCCGACAGUGAUUGCUCUGAUAGUGAAUCUGGAACAGAGUCCGAUUCUGGAGAGUCAUCAGGUGAAUCCGAUCAUAGUAUUGAUGUUAAAAAAGAGAAAACAAAAUUUCAGGUUCCCCAAUUCAAGUCCCGCAAGGAAAACCAAAGCAAGCAAACAACUUUAGAACAGACUAUUCGUAAGAUUAUUCGAAGUGAACUUAAAGAAAUCAUACCACCAUAUCUAUUACAGAGCUUUGAACCUAAAUUUAGUUCCAUAAAACCCGCCCACGCAGAAAA